GCACGUGAUAUAUCGGUCUUCUUUUCACGUUCGAGCUUGGUCCUGCGAUUUGAUCCUUCUGCUACGCCUUUUUGUGACAUCGCGACCACAUUCCACGCCGAUGAAUCUCGAGGCAGGUCAUCCAAGCAGGAAUGCAGAGAUCGUGGUGGAUGACGAAAACUGUGAGCUCGCCCUUGCAGCUAUUGCUCUGUUGGAAGCAGAGGAAGAAUUAAGCGCCAGCUCUGGCAGCCGUGGUCAGCGUCCCAAACGACGCAGCGUCUGGGUAAAGCCGUAUCUAUUGCGACGGCCCCAGAUGAGCUGCUAUGAAAAUCUAAUGCGGGAGCUGGCGGUCGAAGAUCACGACGGAUACAGAAGAUACCUGCGCAUGGACGUGGCGACGUUCGAGUAUCUACUAAACAUGGUUCGCCCAUAUAUCGAGAAGCAAGACACGAACUUCCGAGCGGCAAUAUCUCCAGGAGAACGUCUCGCUGUCACGUUGAGGCAUCUUGCAACAGGCUAUCAAGGGCCAGAAGGGUCGUCGAAAAUGCUUUCGGUGUCCUGGCAAGCCGGUGGCAGCUUUUCAGGAGUCCGAUACGGUCCAGUGCUGAAAAUGCCAAGGAUCUGGUGAAAGCCUGUGUGGUCUUGCACAAUAUGCUUCGACAUGCCAGGCCCACAAAGAGGCUGUACACACCUCCUGGAUAUCUCGACACCGAAGAUAUCCUCACAGGUGAAGUGAACCUCGGUGCCUGGAGGCAGUGCCAUCGUGGCUUGCCCGAAGCACAGGGACAAGGUGCUCAGGGCCAGAACCAUACAGCUAGGGCCAAGCAGGUGCGGGAAGACUUCUGCGCCUAUUUUAACGGUCCGGGGAGUGUGAGCUGGCAGCGCCGAUCAAUCGGACUGGAGUGAAGCAGGUACACAACGUAUGCAGUCUCCCAGCUGCCUCAGGAAGUUGUCAACCUCAUCCGUUUGAGUAGCAGGACGGGACAAUCUGUUCACAGCAGCCUCUGGAAGUGCCGAGCGCUGCUCCAGGAGGGAUGAAGGAUCGUCUGGGCCAGACCGUGAUUCAGAGACCGUGAUACCGGCUCGCCAUUUUACAUGUGCUCCACCACGCUUCCUUCCCCGAUAUACCUUCUUCAAUGUUGUUAACCCUUGUUUUGCGAAAUGACAUCCAUUACAACUUUGCAAUAUAGUUCUAUUUUGGAAAAAUUACAGAUAA